AUGGCGGAGGCGGCCCCUCAGCCGGCGGGAGGUGAGCGGAGCGCGGGGAGGGGGCGGCGGGCGCGGCGUGACCCAGCGCGGCGCGCCCCCCGCAGUCAGGUGACGGGGCGGGGCGCGGCCCAGCGCCUGCCGGGCUGGCGGGGCGGGGGAGCCGGAGUGUUGCCGGUGCCGGGGAGCCGGAGUGCUGCCGGUGCCGGUGCCGGGUACGGACGGAGCCGCGGGCCCGGGCUGGGCUGUGGCAGCGGGGCGGGCAGGGCCGGGCGGCGGCGAGAGGCGCCCCCGUGCGGCGCGGGGCCGGCGCCGCCACAGCCGCGGCGAAUCCUCCGCGUGAGGGAGGAGCGGCCGCGGCUCCGUCCCGGCCCCGUCCCGGCCCUGUCCCCGGCCCCGCGCUCGGCUCCGCGCCCGCGGCCACCAUCCUGUGUCACCGACACCGUCCUGCCCCGUUCCCGGCCCCUCACCCGCGGCACCGUCCUGUCCCCGGCUCCUCGGCAGCCCUGGACUGUAGCCGGGCCCCCUCAGCCCCCCAGGCCCCCUCAGGUACCGCCUGUGCGGGGCCGAUGCCACCCCAGGGUGAACCCUCUGUUCCUCUGGGAUUGA